AUAGUUCCAAUCCAGCUCGUGCCUAGCCCCCGAGCCCUGGUCAAACAAAUCUUGAGUAUUACCUACCAACCUUGGAUCUCGUCUCCUCUUCUUCUACCAUCCCUUCCCUUUUUUUUCAACUGUUUUUUUUCUUCUACUUUCUCAACACCAACGCCUCAUUUCCAGCCUAAUCAAUAUCGCCCCAUAACAGCAACUAUCUAUCCAGUUGUUACCAGCUGAACGGCAACCAAUACACGAUUGCGCGUCUGCCGCUCUUCACCUCCAACAUCGAUCCUCGCGUUCUUUCACACGACUAUACCCACUGUUGUCUGACGGGACCCUGCAAAGUUUCGUCUCGUCUUGCUCGCGUUGCAAUUGGGUCGUGUGGAAGGGUGUUCCCUUGUUGUGCCAAGUUGAAUAGGAGCUGGAGGGACCCUGCAUAAGAUAUCAAACUAUCUGCGACUAUUCUAUCCAUCGUUUAUCGUCACCGUCACUUAGAAAUCGUGAUAUCGCAAUACCGCAGCCUUGUUUGGAUUUAAUCUGUACCCCAAUCCCGAGAUAGGUCGUCCGCGCAACGAUACCACAUCCGACAAUGUCUAUGUAUCCGCACCGCGGCUUGCCGCAAAAUGCGGCGCGUUUGAACGAGCUUCUUGAUCAGAUUCGCACGGAGUUUGAUAACCAAGUCCGAAUCAACGAGGGGUAUGAGCAACAAAUUCAACAACAAGUGCAAGAGGCCCAACUUAUUCGUGAGAAGGUUUAUCAACUGGAGCAGCAACAUAUUAAUAUAAAAGCAAAGUACGAAGAGGAGAUGGUUUUACUUCGCCGCCAACUCGAGGCCGCGCGAGGAGGUGCCCCUCAACCUGCUAUACCUGGUCCGCCUCAACAUGGCGGUCCAUCUGCGGGUCCUCCCCCUCCUUCAAUCGGUAUGGGCAAUAACCUAUUUAGUGGAAUAAUGACCGGUCAGGGAGGCCAAGGCGGUGGUCUGCCACCCCAACCCAACCCGCAGGAUCAGGCCCCUCCCGGGCCUCAGCAUCAAAUGCCACAGCCGCCCCCGGGUUUGCAAGGUCCGCCUCCGCCUCCACCCCCGCCAGCACAGCAGCCCCCCUUUCAGCAGCCUUACCAGGGUCCGGCUCCCGGCGGGUUCCCCGGGCAGCCUCCCCAGAGCACUGCUUCACCCGGGCCAGGCAAGCGCGGUAUCGGUAGGCCACCCGCCGGUGGCCCUGCAACUCCUCAGAUCAACACUCCGAUGCCCUAUGCCGGCCCCGGAGCCUCGCCGCAGGUAGCAAAUCAUCCGACGCCGGACCAUAGAGCUCUGCCACCUCACCCUGGCCCGAUGGUCAACAACGCUCUUGGUGAUUUAGAUGUCGAACGUCUCCCGGCUCAUGUAAAGAAGACUCGAGACGAUUGGUUUGUGAUCUUCAACCAACAUGUUCCGCGCAUGCUCGAUGUCGAUCUAGUUCACACAUUGAACCACGAGAGCGUUGUGUGCUGUGUGAGGUUCAGCCAUGACGGCAAGUAUGUGGCAACUGGUUGUAAUAGGUCCGCCCAAAUUUACGACGUUGCGACCGGCGAGAAGGUAUGCGUUCUCCAGGAUGAGAAUGUUGAUAUUAGUGGAGAUUUGUACAUCCGUAGUGUGUGUUUCAGCCCCGAUGGUAAGUAUCUAGCUACUGGUGCUGAGGACAAGCUCAUUCGCGUCUGGGAUAUUGCUACCCGUACGAUUCGUAAUACUUUUGCCGGUCACGAGCAAGAUAUCUACUCGUUGGACUUUGCUCGAGAUGGACGAACCAUAGCCUCCGGCAGUGGUGAUAGGACCGUUCGAUUGUGGGAUAUUGAACAGGGUACAAACAUGCUUACCCUUUCUAUUGAAGAUGGUGUUACGACUGUUGCUAUCUCCCCUGAUACGAAGUAUGUUGCUGCGGGUUCGCUUGAUAAGAGCGUCCGCGUUUGGGACAUUCAUCAAGGAUACCUCCUGGAGCGGCUCGAAGGGCCGGAGGGCCACAAGGACAGUGUUUACUCUGUAGCCUUCUCUCCUAAUGGCAAGGACCUAGUAAGCGGAAGUCUAGAUAAGACUAUCAAGAUGUGGGAGUUAUCGACCCCCAGAGGAGGGGUACAGAACCCGGGCCCUAAGGGAGGCCGAUGCGUCAAGACGUUUGAAGGACACAGAGAUUUCGUACUUAGCGUAGCGCUCACUCCCGAUGCCAACUGGGUCAUGUCUGGCUCCAAGGAUAGAGGUGUACAGUUCUGGGACCCCCGAACUGGGUUUACUCAACUCAUGCUUCAAGGUCACAAGAACUCAGUCAUCUCGGUGGCUCCUAGCCCUACAGGCGGCUACUUUGCAACUGGCUCUGGCGACAUGAGGGCGCGCAUCUGGUCUUAUCGCUCGAUAUCUUAGCAAGGGAGUCAGUCGGAACAGCUUACGCGUCUGGCCCAAGAAGCGACUAGAAAAGGGCGUACUCCACUCCCGCUCAAAAAAUAGCCCGAGAUGAUGGGUACAUAGGUUCAAGAAGAUGGGGUUACGUAUUUAGUUACUACAAAGGGGUUUAGGAGAGAAGACGGCUCUACGCCGGACCUGGAGUUGAUGCCGGUCUUAGGAUCUUAGAGGUCUUUUGUUUUUGCUAAAGCGAAAGCCACACGCUUCCUUAGACGAUGUGCGAAGGUGUGGAUAACAACUAUGCAACUUGGAGAAGAUGAGGCAAAGAAAAAGUUUGUAGUUGGUCUCUUGUUGGCUUGGGCGAGGCUUUGAAAGCGGGGAGGGGCUGGGUUUUUAAUCUCAGGUGUUCAGCAGCAAUGGUGGCAGUCCCUUGUCACAAGUGUAUUGCAAGACAGGCUUUUGAUAGUAAUGCAGAACCAAAUGAUAGAUCCAAUCAAUGAC